CGUCACUUCCUGCAGUGUGCAGCAUGAUGUCGGUGCCCGUGACAGAUCUGCUACACUGAGUCCGACUGCAGCUUCACUUUACUAUUUCUUUUGUUUUAAACUGAAACCCGGCACCUUUUGUCGGUGGACGUCGGUGUAAAUCCCCCUCUGUGAGCCGCAGAUCAUGGCUCUUCACAGAUUGUCCUUUAGGCUGCGGGCAACGGUUUGUCAUGUCCGGACUCUUCAUACGAGUGGAUGGGGGCAGCAGCAGGAGGCUGUAGCUGUAGAAUCAGAACCUGAACCUUUCUCAGUCUUCAGAACACAAGAGACCGAUCCGGCCUGUCAGUCGGAGAAACACCUCGGACAGUUCUACACUCUGCCUUCUGCUCACUUCCGACCUCUGUUCCCUCACGGCCUCCCGUACCGCUAUCAGCAGCAGGUGAAGACGUUUAACGAAGCCUGCUUCAUGGUUCGGCCGCCGGCUCUGGAGGUCAUCUCCUACCUGAAGAAAGCUGACUACAGCAAACCCGCUCUGCGAUAUUUAUUCUACGGUGUGAAGGGCAGCGGGAAGACGAUGUCUCUCUGCCACGCCGUCCACUUCUGCUACACUCAGGGCUGGGUGGUGCUGCAUAUUCCUGACGCUCAUCUGUGGGUGAAGAACUGCAAAGAGCUGCUGCCUUCGUCCUACAACUCUGCUCGCUUUGACCAGCCACUGCAGGCCACAACAUGGCUGCGCAACUUCAGAACCACCAACGAACACCUCCUCUCCCAGAUAAAGACGAAGCGGCGCUACGUGUGGACGAAGAGGGAGUCCACCGACGAGGGCCGUCCUCUGGGGGAGCUGGUGAAUCAGGGGAUCUCUCGGGUGAAGAGCAGCAGCGAUGUGGUGGGGGCGUUGAUGAAGGACCUGAGGCUGCAGAGCAGCCAACCGGGGGCUGACUUUCGCUUGGUCGUGGCCGUGGACGGAGUCAACGCCCUGUGGGGGAGAUCCACCAUCAAGAAGGAGAACAAGAGCGCUGUGGAUCUAGAGGAGCUCACUUUGAUUCACAACCUGAAGAAGCUCAUGAAGAAUGACUGGACUGGAGGCGCCAUCAUCACCACUCUGUCUCAGACUGGAUCUCUCUACACACCAAAAUCUGCCUACCUGCCUCAAGAGCUGCUCGGAGAGACUGGAUUUGACAGCAUGGAUCCGUUCAUCCCGGUGUCGGUGCCCAACUACAGUGAGAAGGAGUUUGAGAGCGCUUAUCUUUAUUACCUGGACCGGAAGUGGCUGCAGCAUCCUCAGAGUCGAACAGAAGAUGGGAAGAAAGAACUCAGCUUCCUGAGCAGCAAGAAUCCAUCGAUGUUGGACAGAAUCUGUGGCUUCCUGUAAACAUUUAACUUCCACACAAAUAUCUCACAGACAACAAUAAUAAUAAUAAUGUUACCAUCGCAGAAAUACAGAAAAUACUCCAACAUACAAACGUCCAUGUCUUUAAUGUGUCCUCUGUAAAUUAUGAUGCAUGACUUUGAUAAUAAAAGGUUUUAAAGUUC